CAAUGUGCGCGCGCCGGGAGAAGGGGGCGGGAAGGUUGGUUUGAGAGACGCAGCCUCGCGACGCUAACGGCUUCUUCUCCUCAGUGCAGCGCGCUCACCUCAGCGGCUUCAGCUAACACUUCAGUGUGAAUCCCACGUUUAUCUGGGAAAAGGAGCGGUUUGUGUGGAAGUGUGGGAGAGAGAGAGAGAGAGAGAGAGAGAGAGAGAGAGAGAGAGAGAGAGAGAGAGAGAGAGAGAGACUCACCGUCAGGAGCGUCAAAGCUGGAGAAAAGUCUGAAGUAGGUCGAACAUCAGAAGAAGACGUUCAUCUGUUCUGAGGCUUUCUGGAUUUAGUGCGACAUGUCUGGUGCUCCUAACAAGCUUGUCGUUCUUGUGUCGUGCAUAUGGAUAUUCCUAAUGCUCUUGGAACCCAGCCUUCAGAAUGGGGCUGUAGCAGGGCACAGAGAGCCUCUUCCUGAUGACAGUAAAGACAACAUCACUAUUUUUACUCGGAUUCUGGAUCGCUUGCUGGAUGGAUAUGACAACAGGCUGCGCCCUGGUCUCGGAGAGAGUGUGACUGAAGUUCGAACCAACAUCUACGUCACCAGUUUUGGACCAGUAUCUGAUACAGACAUGGAAUACACAAUCGAUGUAUUCUUUCGACAGAGCUGGAGAGAUGAGAGGCUGAAGUUUGAUGGACCCAUGCAGGUUCUUCCACUCAACAACCUUCUGGCCAGUAAGAUCUGGACUCCAGAUACAUUCUUCCACAACGGUAAAAAGUCGGUUGCUCACAACAUGACCACUCCUAAUAAACUCCUGCGUCUGGUGGACAACGGGACUCUGCUGUACACUAUGAGAUUAACUAUUCAUGCUGAGUGCCCCAUGCAUCUGGAAGAUUUUCCCAUGGAUGCCCACGCCUGCCCGCUCAAGUUCGGAAGCUAUGCUUACACCAACAACGAGGUGGUCUACAUCUGGACUGCAGAUGAUGACAGGUCUGUGUCUGUGGCCCCAGAUGGCUCCCGUCUCAACCAGUAUGACCUGCUGGGACACGUCAUCGGCAAAGAGACCAUCAAGUCCAGCACAGGAGAAUAUGUGGUGAUGACAACUUAUUUUCAUCUGAAAAGGAAAAUCGGCUACUUUGUCAUUCAGACAUAUUUGCCCUGCAUCAUGACAGUCAUCCUUUCCCAGGUCUCCUUCUGGCUCAACCGCGAGUCUGUGCCAGCACGUACCGUCUUCGGAGUCACCACUGUUCUGACCAUGACCACGCUAAGCAUCAGUGCCAGAAACUCUCUACCCAAAGUGGCCUAUGCUACAGCAAUGGACUGGUUCAUGGCCGUGUGUUACGCGUUCGUCUUCUCCGCCCUCAUUGAGUUCGCCACCGUCAACUAUUUCACCAAGCGCAGCUGGGCCUGGGAUGGACAGAAGGAGAUCCAGGAGAUGAGGAGACGCGAGUCUGCGUCAUUCUCCAAAAAGACCAACAACACGUUUAACAUCGUGGGCACCACAUAUCCGAUGAGUGUGGGAAAAGAACCUGGACUGACCACCAUUGCUAAGAGCGCUUCCAGCACCGCCUCAGCCUCUACCCCGUCUCAGCCGGUCCGAGAGGUGCGUCUGUCCAGGAUGGACGGGGAGUACAUCUGCGAAGGCGUCAAGAAGUCCUACAACCGAGUUAGCAAAGUGGACAAGAUCUCACGUAUUAUAUUUCCCGUGCUCUUCUUCAUCUUCAACCUGGCCUACUGGGCCACUUACGUCAACAGAAAGCCGACCAUCAGGAGGUCCAACCCCCAUAACUGAACAUGAAGUACAGUAUAUUCAAAACAACAGUGAAAAAAAAACUCCCGAUUACGUAGCCGUAGGAUGCUACCACCACAUUCACCGUUUUUUUUUUUUGUUUGUUUUUUUUUUUAAUAUAAGUUUUGAGUUUGUAGGUUUGCAUCGGUUUCACAUCAGGUUUACAUGCCAUCUUCUGAUUGCUAUGAAGUGGUUGUAGAACAUGUACGCUCGAUUCUAAUCUUUAUACUGUUUAUACUGUUUUAUGGGAGACUUGUGUGGUAAGGUCUGAUUAAGCCUCGUAGUACAUUUUUUGAUGCCAAAAUACAAACAGCAGCCUGUUUGACACCACGGCACAGGACGACGUACAAGGCUGUACGCUCACCACACUCUCUGCAUCAUCAGAUAGAAAAAUCCGAGCCAUCGUCGGUAGUCGGCCGACUUGCCGAUCGCCUGUAGCCUUCAGCAGCCAGCAGCGAUGUCCGUACGGCUGCGUAUCUUUCAUAACGAUCAGUGUUUGCUCUCGGAGAUUCAGCCAAUUUAGACCAGUAUCAUCUUGAAUGGCUUUUCCAUCGUCCCCUUGAGUUUCCCCAGUUAUCAGUUUUGUGUUGUUUUAGCAAACCAUGCAGGCUCAAAGGUAAAGAAACUGUGUGCCUUUUCUCAAUCCCUCUUCUGUGCAGAUGAAUCGUUCAUCACUCACGCUCGUCGUCUCCGGCUCACACUUUUUACUAGAACAAAGAAAUUUAAGCGAAGUCCCAUAGCGUCGUCCGAGGGUCCGCUAGGACCGUCUGACCUUUUAGCGCAUUCAUACGUAUGUGUGUGAAAACCACGUUCAUCUGCAUGAACCGUAUCUCGUAUCGCUUACAGGCUUUUUCUAGUCUAUAGCUGAAUGUUUUCUUUUUUUUUUUCCUUUUAUUAUUUCUGCAGCGACAAAUCACAAGACUGCUUUACAGCUUUAACAACCGAGUAUUGUGACUAAAGUUACAUUUACCGUGCCAUGACAUUAUCAAUAGGUAAACUGUGAAUAGUAUCAUCGGUAGGCUUUAUCUCAUCAUGUUUGGCGUACCGUCCGUAGUUCGCGGUACGUUAACGCUAGUAUUGUUAAAAAAAAGAAUAGAAUAUGAGUUUUGUAUUCUCUACUUUGAUAGAGCCAAGUUUACAAAGAUUUUUUUUCCAAGGUUGCGUAAUGUAUGUACUUAUGUGACAGCAAGCUAUAAGAAGCAAAAAAUCCAUUAACCUGAUUAACCAUUUCAUGAAUCGUCGCUAUUGAUUAAUAGUUUCUAAGUACAUAAUGUAUUAUACCAUCUGUUAUUUAAAAAAAAAACACACAAGAGAAUUUAAUCAGAGGACGGAAAAUACUUUUAUUUCUUUUUUUUCCCACAGAUUUGUUUGUUCAUACACCUCACUCACGCUGUACUAAUCGUAGAUUUAAUGCAUGACAAUCUCUUCAGUAUUCGGUCUGUCACAUCCCGUUAGACCGGUCGUCACGAUUUAGCGUGACGUCCGAAGCGUAACUUCUCCAAAUAGCCGUAUUUGGAGUCUGUAGAUACCUUCUUGUCUCAUGGGGAUACUCAUACAUUUGUAUUUUGACUCAAACAGUGUAAAUCGUAAAUAAAUAAAUCCAUAUCUGACUAUAGGAAUAUAUUUAUAUAGUGAUAUAAACAUCUAUUUGUUAUUUAUUAUAUACAGUAUAUAUAGAUAUGAUAUAUAGAUACAAAUAUAUUGAUCUCAGGGAAGCCCAACAGAGAGGAAUUGUCUUGUUGUAAUAAACCCGUCGAUUUCCUGAGGUUUAAUUGAGACGUUAGUAGUAAACUGGACUGGUCUUGAUCUGUUGGACGGACGCCGCGGCUGGGCUUCCCUGUUUAAUUAUAUUGGAUCAAAUGUAAAAAAACAAAACAACAAAAAAAAAAAUCAGUGAUCCGUACAGCGACGUAGUGCCGUGAAUUAGACCAGACCUGUAUUCCAGUCUAUAUUCAAGGCCCGGUAAAAGUUGUAAUAGUUCUAUGUAUUAUUGUGAAUCUAAUUUAAAUAAGAUACUCGGAAACUGUCGUCUGUGUAACAGUAACUUAUGCACACCGAGGAAGUACUCUAGAUAUGUAUUUUUAUGAACAUUUUGUUUAUUGUUAAAGAUUUGAUAGCAAAGGAGUGGAUCACGUUAGUGUUCAAGCCAUAACCGAUCGAUUAGACGUCCAGUAUUAUGAUAUGUUCAUUCGUUUGUCACUGCCAGUCUCUUGUAACACCGGAUCGAUGCUGCGGAUCUUCGCACGACUGGCACGAGCUUUAAUCUUUUCCUUCCUUUUUACGGUCUGUAAUAGAUCCUUUUCAUAGUCAUGGUCGUAGCGUCUUAGCGAAUGUCCCUCCACGUUAGCUAGCGAGAUUCUUGCUCCGGUAGUCGUGCUGCAUCUGUGUAGACUUUUGUCGAUUUUUACUCUGGAAAAAAAAAACAGACUUUUUUUUUCCACAAGCUUUCUCAAACAUAAUGUAGAAAAUAAAAGAGCAAAAAAUACUUACAGUUUCAAAGCCUGGUGGAUUUCAUCCAUUUUUGAUGCACAGCAGCACGAGGCAUCACAUCGUGUAGAUACAGGUUUCAGUUCAUGUUUACACCAGAUUAGAGAAAACGUGACCUCGGUGCCUUUAUGGCAUGGUCGCUGGUGUCAGAUCUGAUUUAUGUAUUUUAUAUAUUUAAUUCUGAGAGUUUUUCCAGUUUUCACCUCUUCGGUUUUCACUUCUCAGAGUCCAGUUGUUUGUGACGGGACUGAAACCCCGUGUGGUCUCAAUUUCUUUAUUCUCCUCACUGUAAGAAAUGGCAGCAAGUUAAAACAUCUUGAAUCCAGUCUAAAGUAUCUGUUAUUCCCUUUAUUUAUUAUAAGAUGACUAGAAACCAAAUGUAACAUUAUUAAGCUGAUUUCCAGCCGAAGGUAAAAUACAUUUUUAUUACAUUUUCUUGUUCCGUCUGCAGAUCGUCUUGUUCAUUGUAAGCCUUAGUUUCUAGGAAGAAGCAAAAUAUAAAAUAAUCUUAUAUUUUAUUUAAUGUAAUUAUUGUAAAAAUCCCAGGAGUCGUGCUGAGAUAAAUUGUUUCCUAUUCUAGUGUUUGAUGUGAAUAUUAACGAGACCCUGGUGUCUGCACAAUAUGAUGUCAUCGGCAUGAAUAGCGGUGAAGCGAGCGAAGUGCAGACUGUAUAACUACUGUAAGACCCUUCGAUGGCUGAGUUUGGUCUGAGAGCUGAAUUAUUCAGCUAGCAACCUUUUGCAUGUUGGUGGUUAGUCAUGUCAUGUGACGUGCUUAUUAUAAUUAUUAUUAUUAUUAUUAUUAUUCCUUUCGUGGCAUUACACUGUGAUCGGAUUUUAAAGGAUGACUGAGUAAGAAUUGUCUUUAGCAGAAUGAAGUGACGUUCUGCACGAAUCAUGAGCGAGUUCUUGGCGUCUUCUUGAAGACGAUGUCAGACGACACAAACCCUCAGCAGAUGCUGCCCAUUCUCUACUGUAUUAAACAGACCUGUGGUUAAAACGAAACAGUCCUUAUCCAAUAAAUAAAUAAAUAAAUCGCUGUGCUGAGAAGGAUGACUUGAUAAAACUGCCUUCGUCAAAAUAAAUGGUAAUGUUUACGACCUGAUUUCUCUGCCAUACAUCACGAUUAUUGCCAAAUUAUCAGCCGAGCCAAAUGACCUUUUGAGAGAAGUGCGGUGAGAGGAUUGAUUUGCCCGUAGAUAUUGACUUAGUAGUGUGUGUGUGUGUGUGUGUGUGUGUGUGUGUGUGUGUGUGUGUGUGUGUGUGUGUGUGUGUGUGUGUGUGUGUGUCUCAAUCAAGCAGUCAGGGUUUUUUUUUGUAUUGGAAUGUCUUGAGAGAUUAAGACUCGUCAGUGACGGAGUUCCCGUUCGCCGGUUCGUUACGAUGUUACCGCAGUAAUUACGAUCAGUUAAUCGCAGGUUUCUGUUUUUAUUCCAGCUUAAAACAAUUCUGGUCACAACAAUUUCAGCCAGACGUUCUACUGAGCAAAGUUGAAUCCUGUUUCUUUUAAAUGAACUUACAUGCCUACAUCCUUGCCUUUGUUGUCCUACUCAGCUGUCUCAGGCGACAUUUAAAGAAAUGAGAACAUCUCAGAUCUUCAUCCAGCACCGUUCUCUCCAAGAUUCUUCAGAGAAGCCGAACUAGACGUUUUCCCUCCGAUAAACGCUCCGUGUAAGGAGUAAUCUCCUGUGUCCUCGUGAAGAUUUGAUAAAUAUUAGAGCUUUUUGGUUCCAAAUCGCCAUGGAGAUGUAAUGCUUUUUGCUUGUGGGAGACGCUUUUGUUAUUAAUUAUAAAUCAAUAAUUGUUUGUGUGGCUCCUGCUGUGAUUUUUGUUUUUUCCCACUGUGCCGAGCGCUCGCGUGCCUCGCUGACGUCGAUAUCCUCAUCCAGCAUUCUCUUCUCUAGAGUCAUGACUGAACACUGUGCUUCGGCCCACCAUCUGAUUAUCCUACAACAGUUAAAGUUACCACACUGUCAUGAUCUGAAGCGUGUCAUUUCUCUAACACGACCGAUUUUACGACGGCUUCACAUUUAUUAACAAAUAAGACGUUACAGCAGCUAUAAACAGUCGUUCCUUCACCAGUCUCCAUCUUUUUUUCUCUCCUUGUCAAGUUAACAAGAGAAAAAAAACACCACCUGAGAAACUGUAAAUCUUUAGGUCACCGUUACCGAGCGCUGACACCGGAGACUCCUCCCAUUUAAAAGAACCGCCUCCUAACAGAAAGCUUCAGCACACUUACAUGAAUUUGUGACUGCGAAUGAGCCGUUACCAUAGAAACGAUGACUCGUUAGAACGAGGGCUUUAAUAUAGAUAUUAAUAAAGUGUAUAGGUUACGUAGCUGCUGUUCCGUGAGCUACACCGUGGCGUAAGGACACGUUUAUGCGUUUGCUUCGUCUGCUUCCAGAGAGUGAGAUUAACGAGACGUAGACGUUCUGUGACGUAGAGACAUUUCAGUGCUUAAUUCCAUUACUCGAACAAAUACACAAGACAAAUACAGGUUCUAAUCUAAUCGUGUUUAACGUUGGACAGGAAAUAUAUAUAAAUAUCUAAAAAUGAUUUAGUUUCAGAUUCUCAUAUUCAUGCAGUUCUGAAGAAACAAACAGUCCGAACUCCGUCUCGUUCCGGCGUAGAGUCUGUCACGCUAAUGUACUCUGUACCUAUCGUAUAACCUUUAGGAGUCCAAUUUUUGUUCAGAUCGGACAUUUGUCACUGGGUUUAAUGCUGUAACCCUACUGUAGUACACAAAACUCUGAUUAGAUCUGGUGUUAAAAGCUCUUUUAUCGUCGGACGUUAAAGUGUUACGGUCAGAAAAGGCACAGGGUUCAGGGAUUCGUGGGGUUUUUGGUUUUCUUUUCUUUUUUUCUUUUGUAGAAAUUUCAACAUGUAGAUGUUUUAUUAUGCUUUUAAGGUGCUUUUUGUGAUCUGUUUGUGAGAGUAACGACAGUAUUCUGUUUUAACUCUUUGUGUGUCUGGGUUCACUGUUACUUAUGUUGAAUAAAGAUACUCAACUUUCA